AUGAACUACUGCGUUUUAAGUCUUCUCCUGACCAUGGAUUUAGCCACUGUGGCCGUCAGUUUGUCUACAUGCAGUACGCUGGACAUGGAUCAGUUUAUGAAAAAGCGCAUAGAAGCCAUCCGUGGACAGAUACUGAGCAAGCUGAAGCUCACCAGCCCCCCGGAGACAUACCCCAAGCCCGAGGAGGUGUCGCGGGAUAUCGUCGCCAUCUAUAACAGCACGAGGGACCUGUUGCAGGAGAAAGCCAACGAUCGGGCGGCGACGUGUGAGCGCCAACGAAGCGAGGAGGAGUACUACGCAAAAGAGGUUCACAAAAUCGACAUGCAACCCCUCUUCCCCUCUGAGAAUGUUAUCUCUCCCACGCACUACAACCCGUACUACAGACGGCUCACCUUCGACGUGACCUCCAUGGAGAAGAAUGCCUCGAACCUGGUCAAGGCUGAGCUACGCGUCUUCCGCCUCCAGAACCCCGAGGCCCGCGUGUCUGAACAGAGGAUUGAACUGUACCAGAUUUUGAGUCACAAGGACCUGGCGUCCCCGACGCAGCGCUACAUUGACAGCAAGGUGGUGCGCACGCGCACGGAGGGGGAGUGGCUGUCUUUUGACGUGACAGAGGCAGUCAGUGAAUGGUUGCUUCACAGAGACAGAAACAGUGGAUUCAAGAUCAGCUUGCACUGUCCGUGCUGUACGUUUGUGCCCUCAAACAACUACAUCAUCCCCAAUAAGAGUGAGGAGCUGGAAACCCGCUUUGCAGGUAUAGAUGACAGCUUACACCACAGCGGAGACCUGAAGGUGUAUAGGAAGCGGCGCCACAGCGCCCAGGCUCCACACCUGCUCAUGAUGCUGCUGCCCUCCUACCGUCUGGAGUCCCAGCACAAGAGCCACCGCUCCAAACGAGCCCUGGACGCUGCCUUCUGCUCCAGAAACGUCCAGGAUAACUGCUGCUUGCGGUCGCUCUACAUCGACUUCAAGAAGGAUCUGGGCUGGAGGUGGAUCCAUGAGCCCAAGGGCUACAAUGCUAAUUUCUGCGCCGGGGCCUGUCCCUAUCUAUGGAGCGCUGACACCCAGCAUUCCAAGGUGCUAGGCCUGUACAACACCAUCAACCCGGAGGCGUCGGCAUCGCCCUGCUGUGUGUCUCAGGAUCUGGAACCUCUCACCAUCCUCUACUACAUCGGCAAGACCCCCAAGAUAGAGCAGCUCUCCAACAUGAUCGUCAAGUCCUGCAAGUGCAGCUAGGAACUGUGCCUAUUCAGUCACACACACACACACACUUGGAUACACACACAUUCAGUCACACACACAUGCAUACACACGUGUAUGCACCCACCCACCCACCCACCCACACAUAUAAAUACACAUACUGUACAUAUACACAUACACACAUUCAUCAACAAACACAUACUGUCCAUUCACACAGUCAGUCACACUAUUACUUUCCUGCACUAUUGUACAGACAUAUUUGAUCUCCUACAAGCACAAGUGGAAAAGGUGCUGAGCAGAUCUAGGUACAGAAAACAGGUCUCCCGAAAACAUCCAUGCGCACACACACACACACACACACACACACACACACACACACACACACACACACACACACACACACACACACACACACACACACACACACACACACACACACACACACACACACACGCAGCUGUGGCUUUUGUACAGGUGUGCCUGUGUUUUUGUGUUUAGAAAGGCCCUGUUAACAUGCCUCACCUCACACACUUGUCACACAAAGACGCAAGAGUACGGCAAACACUGGAAAAAAGUAUACGUGUCUAUAUGUGAAAUAAUACGUCUGAGAAACAAAGACGACCCCCCCCGGUUUCAACAUUCAAAGCAAGCCAUCUCCUUGAUUUUGUUUGUCUCGUUUUGCAUCCCUUUGAAACUAUUGUAAUUUUAUAUUUUGUUUAGAUUUUUGAUAAUUGUAUUGCCUAUUUAAUAUCCAGUGUUUUACGGUUAGCACCCAACGCGUGGUGGAUGAAUCCACUUCCCAAUGUCAGUUUACUAAUAUGUUAUAACAUAGUAAUGUUAUAAUCGCGUCCCAUAUGCUGUUUAUAUGUGCUGUAACAGCCACUUAAGGCAGAAAGAGGCGAGGAGACUGUAAGAGAGAGACAGAGAACAAAAUAAAAUAAACACACCUAGCAUGCCUACCUUUUCAACAGACUCAUCCUCACACAGGCAUACUCAUAAAGAACACACACACACACCCAUCCCAAACCCUGCAGCAGGCAACAUAUUACAUCUCUGCUGGAAUGAACAGUCCUGACAUUUUGAUAACAAAAAAAACAAAACAAGAAAAGUGUCCCAAAGUACUGUUGAGCUCUGUUUACCUUGUGCAUUGAAUCUUGAAUGCUUUAGGGAGCCCAACAGUGAUUCCAUCAACCACACAAGGUAUGUCAUCAUAAACACACGUUUAAGAUUUCUGUGGGUAUGUUGGAUCGUUCUGAGUAGAACAGGGCUGUCGUUGUCUAUAUGAUGCAGUGGUAUGGGAAUGUGGAAGUAUGUUAGUUAGGGAGGUAUAGUAGUGUUGUGGUGACAAUUAGAGAGAAGGGAUACGAUAGGUGAGAAUGGACAGUAGAUGUGACCUGGUUCAGAGAUUAUCCAUGAACCUUUGUGACCAUUCCAUUAGGUCUGAGGUUACUUUAGGUCAGAGGUCAAAAGGUCAUAUUUACAGGUGUGCAGUAGUUGUUAUGGACACCGGCGUUGUAUCUGCUCAUUUGCAUCCGAAAAGCUUUGUCUCGCCCGCCUCCCUCAAAGUGUAAAGCCAUUAUUCAGUCAUAGGUUUUUGUCCUUUGUAGGAAUAAAAAUAGUUGGACACGAAGAAUUGCACUGACGCUAUUUUGAUUCAGUUUUUUAUUUUUGUAUUUUUUAAUAGUCGUUACUUCCCCCUUAUUAAAUGAGGAGUGUUGAUGAUGUGACUCAGAGCAGGAAGUGUAGGUGACACUACCCCGCCCCUAACCCCACCCACCUUUGGGCAACCGCGCCAGUGGACUUCCUGGAAAACCAGGAAGAGGAGCGAGGCACCAAUAUUGUCAUGAUAGAGCUAUUAUUUUUCGUUGUUGUUGUUUAUGAUGAUUAUGUUUUUGUUGUUGUUGACCCACUAUGAUGUAUUGUAACACAUUAUCGUUGUUGUACUCUAGUGGUAAAUAAAUUAUUUAAAUUACAAGGGAAUAAC